AUGGCCGGGCGCGGGCAGGGCAGGAGAGGCGCCCGCCUACCCCGAAAGCCAGGGGCCGAGUCGGUGGGCAGCGCGGGCGCCCGUUGGGUGUGGGAUCUGCGCAGAGCUGCAGGGAAGGGAGGUCCCUCAGGCACUCUGGGCUUGCCUAAGCUGAAUCCUGGGGCAGCCAAGUCCAUCCUGACUGGGCUGAUGCCUCCUACUUCUGGCACGGUGCUGAUUGGUGGGAAGGACAUCGAGACCCAGAUGGACUCCAUCCGGCACGACCUUGGCAUGUGCCCACAGCACAACAUCCUGUUCCACCACCUCACAGUGGCUGAGCACAUCCUGUUGUAUGCACAGCUGAAGGGGAAAUCCAGGAAGGAGGCGCAGCUGGAGAUGGAAACCAUGUUGGAAGACACAGGCCUGCACCACAAAAGGAAUGAAGAGGCUCAGAACCUGUCAGGGGGCAUGCAGAGGAAGCUGUCGGUGGCCAUCGCCUUCGUGGGAGACGCCAAGGUGAUCGUUUUGGAUGAGCCCACCUCUGGGGUGGAUCCCUACUCCAGGCGCUCCAUCUGGGAUCUGCUCUUGAAGUAUCGCUCAGAUUUCUCCUGGAAUCGGCGCUACGGAAUGAAGCCCUCCUCUCCCCGCCGAGGAGUCCCUGGGAAGACAGGGUGGCGUCUGAAUGGUGUCUCUUGCUCCUCCCCCCCAGGGCGAACCAUCAUCAUGUCCACUCAUCACAUGGACGAGGCUGACCUCCUGGGGGACCGGAUAGCCAUCAUCUCCCAGGGCAGGCUCUACUGCUCAGGGACUCCCCUCUUUCUGAAGAAUUGCUUCGGCACAGGUUUCUAUCUAACUUUGGUGCGGAAGAUGAAGAACAUCCAGGGCCACGGGAAAGGCUGCGAGGUACGUUUCUGUCCGGCUCCCUCAGGGCCUGGUGGGAUAGGGCAUGAUGAGAUAAAAGAAGGAACGUUCCAGCUGCUGCCCUCAAACUGCUCGGAAGAGGCCCAUAGGCAUUUCUGGGUGGAAUCCUCUGUUGACCUGGGCUGUGAUUGUUUGCACUUGGCCUCUGUCCUUCGGGAGAGAUUUCAGAGGCCCAUGAUCUCCCAGAAGGAAUGAAAUCAGUGCAAAACGAGAUGUCCAACCAUGGCUCAGUGGGAUGAAGGUGGGGUGGGAAGUCCAGAGGCCCACCCAGAUGCUUGCUUUGGCUGUUUGGCUUUGGCCAAGCCAUGGUCCUUCUC